AUGAAGAUUCAAAGUUCUACCAUCCUAGUGCUGGCGUUCGCUGCAUCCGCCAAUGCCACUAGCUUGAGAAGUGCCAACGCCAAUCCUUUCCAAGAGUUGGAGGGAUUGGAGCAGUAUUCGUGUACCAUGGAAGGUGCCGGAGGACAAGAUCAGUGUGAUGCCGCCAAAGACGAAAGCGGUGAGACGUGUGUCUGGUGUUCGGUGGGAUCCUUUGGAGCUUGUUUGUCGGCCGAUCAAGCCGCUCUGAUUGAAGACAAGAUUCCUGGAUUGACUUGCGACGACGAUCAAAAUGAUGAUGACGCCAAAACAGAUGACGCCGCCGCCGACGAUGAUGAUGGCAGUACUCCCGAUGAUUAUUGGAAGUGCCUCAAGGAUGGAUCCGAAUCGGAAGAUGCCUGCGACUCGUUGGGAUGCACCUGGUGCAAGAGCAAGGCUGGGUUCGGUAUCUGUUUGGAUGAAGCUGCUGCCAAGAUGGCUUCGGAUAGUGCUUGGCUCGACUGCAAGGCGACAACAAUGGAUACUCUAGACCUGAUGGAUUUGAACGAGAUUGUGCAAUCCAAGAAGCAAGAACAAGCGGAAGACGAACAGGAACAGGAAGAUGUCCAAAUGCCAGGCGAUCCUGCCUGUAUCAUGGCCACACUCCAACAAGACGAGAGUAUCUGUACUUCUACUGUUGACAGCUCUGGCAAUCCUUGUUCUUGGUGCAACAUUGACAAUGUCAAUGUCUGUUUGGACGAUACCCUCGCCACCAUGGCGCAGCAGUACGGUGGAUCCUGCGGAGACGAUGUGACACAAGUGGAGGAUCCAGCCGAUACCACUUGUAUCGUGGCCAGUUUGGAACAAGAUGAGACAGCCUGUACUGCCACCAUGGAUGCCGAUGGUCGUGCUUGUGAAUGGUGCAUGGUGGCUCAAGCUCAAAUUUGCUUGAAUGCCGAUCAAGCUCAAAUGGCCGAACAAUUUGGAGGAUCUUGUGGAGAUUCCUCUUUUGUUCAACAAGAAGAGCAAGACCAAGAAGAAGAAGAAGAAGAACUCAAAGAUCCUACUGAUACUGCCUGCCUCAUGGCCACCCUUGAACAAGACGAAUAUACCUGUACUUCCACUCAAGAUGCGGAAGGAAAUGCUUGCUCGUGGUGCGCCAUUAGUAACUUUGAUCUUUGUUUGAAUGCGGAUCAAGCCACUCUUGCCCAACAACUUGGUGGAGCUUGUGGUGAGGAUAUUGUUGCUAUUCAAGAAGAAGAAGAAGAAGAACUUGAGGAUCCCGCCGAUACGACUUGUAUCGUGGCCAGUUUGGAACAAGACGAGACCGCCUGCACCGGUACCAUGGAUGCCGAUGGCCGUGCUUGCGAAUGGUGCAUGGUGGCUCAAGCUCAAAUUUGUUUGAAUGCGGAUCAAGCCACACUUGCCGAAGAAUUUGGUGGAUCUUGUGGAGAUGACUCCAAGACCAUGGCCAUGGAGUAA